AUGGGCGGGCUGUGGCGGGUGAGUGGCGCGCUGGGGGUGCCCUUCCUGCCCUGGGCGGGGUGGGUGGGGCUCUGGGCGGCUGUCUGCCUGCUGCUCGCCGCGGGGGGGAAUGCGUGCCGGGCUGCGGACCAAUGGGGUGCUGCCACGUGGCGGGUGGAAGGUGUGGUGACGAGCGGGGUGCUGUUUGUGGGUGCGGUGCAAAUGGGCAUGUACUCUCCCACCACUUCAAAUGCUCUCUCUCACACUCUCCUAUGCUCCAUCCAUCACUCAUGCUCGCUCUCUCAUGCUCGCUCUCUCAUGCUCGCUCUCUCAUGCUCGCUCUCCCAUGCUCGCUCUCCCAUGCUCGCUCUCCCACUCGCGCCAGUGCUCUCGCCGGAGGGAGCAUGGGGCAUGCACGGUCUGGGCCCGAUCCGAUAUAUGCACUACUGCCCCCACGCCUGCCCAACAGGCAAAGUGCAAUGCUGGGUCGGGGGCAUGAGGGUGCAUGUUCCCCUCCGUGCAUGUUCAACGUACGUCACUACUUCCCUUCACUCCUUUCUUUCCCCUCCUCUCCUUUCCCCCCUCCCCCGUCUUCCUCAUCUUCCCUCCGUCCCCCACCUCCCUCCAGUGCUCCUAGCGGUGCCCCCCUUCCUCCAUCUCCCUCCGCUCCUCUCCUACCAGCUGCCUCUGCAGUCCGCCCCGCCCCUCAUCCCGCCCAUCCCGUGGGGCGCCCACCUGGGGGGCGUGUCAGUGGGGGCGGCCCUGGCAGCUGCACUGCCGGGAGCGCUGCUGGCGGCGCUGCUCUUCCACGCACACAACACAGCAGCGCUGCAGCAUGAGGCGCAGCUGCAUGCUGCUGCGGGGUGUGGGCAGCGCGUGAUGGCUGAGCAGGCUUGGCGAGCAGAACGUGCGAGGAGGGUGCGGAGGGGAGCAGGGGUGAAGGCGUGGGGAGGGAGGAGUGGAGAGGCGGAGAGGGCAGGGGACGUGGAGUGGGGUAUGGGCGGGGGGGGACUAGCAGGAGGCACGGGAGGAGGGCAUGAGCAUGAGCACGGUGGGGGAAGGGUUGACGAGGUGAGCACCAUCCGCCUCUCAUACCUGCUCAACCAUGCACUGCCCACUGCACCCGCCACACCUGCCACAGUCACAACCGCCACUCAACGCCGCACCACGGGCCCUCAUGUAGCCCGCCCACGCAAGCAGUCCUCCCGCCAUGCCAGCAGCAGCGUGAGGUGUGGAUCCAACUCCAUGCUGCUGCCUCUCAUGCCACUCAUGCCGCUCACUGCUGCCAGCCAGGGGAACUCCUCCGUGCCACCCACUCGUGCUCCCCCCCCCCCACGCCAUCCCCCUGCCCCCCUGGCGGCGCUGGUGUGCGAGUGGCGCACUGUAGGGGGGUUGCUGGCGGCUGUGCUGGCGCUGCUCGCCCUGCCCGCCACGCCUGCUCGCUUCCUCACCCUCGUGCCCGCCGCCCCUCUCAUCGGCACUUGCAUGGCGGGAGUGGUGGGCGGAGGCAUGGUGGACAUUGGAGUUCGGUUCAGAGGGAUGCUGAGGAGUGGCAGGGAGGGUAGUUUGGCGAUGGAAUGCAUGAUGACUAGUGAGGCGAGUGGAGAGGAGGAGGAGGAGGAGGAGGAGGAGGAGGAGGAGGAGGAGGAGGAGGAGGAGGAGGAGGAGGAGGAGGAGGAGGAGGAGGAGGAGGAGGAGGAGGAGGAGGAGGAGGAGGGGGAAUGGAAGGACGGGAACGAGGGGGAAGAGGGUAGUGGCGACUGGACAGAAACAGACGUGAAUGGAGCAGAGGUAGCAGCAGGUGCAGGUGCAAGUGCAGGGGGAGUGGGGGGAAUGGAGGCGGUGGAUGAAGAGGGUGGUGAGGAGGGGAGUGAGGAGGGGAGUGAGGAGGGCGGGAUGGAAGGGGCGCAGGAGGCAGCAGUGGCAUGGGGAAUGGCGCAGAUGGGGGGAGCAGGUGGGGGAAGCCUGGACUACGGGGCAGUGGGAGGGACGGAAUUGGGAAGGCGGUGGGACGCGGAGGGGCGAGUGGGAGGGGGGGAGGAGGGAGGGCGGGUUAGGGCGGGAGUUGAGGAGGUGGCGGAGGUGGAGGAGGUGGCGAGCAUCAUCGGGCGCAUGUCAGCUGAUGUGAUGUCGCUGGAUGCCGCCUUACAUGGUUCUUGGGCGUCUUCUGCCUCAUGGUGA